AUGGACUCUAAUAACACCAUCAUGAGUGACGAGGACACUCCUUCUGCUACUAAAAGAGCUGUUGGCCCUGUUUCGGACGCAGUGCUCCGAAGGAAGAUUUUGGCAGCCAACAUUGCGCAUCUUGCAAUUGAGUACGCCAAAUCCAUGUGGAGCAAGCCAGCCAACCUAGCUGACCCUAUUGUGUUAAAUGGGCAGAAUCGCGGGGCGAACGUCCAGUUCAAACAAGCUGAAGAGGAAGACAAAGACAACUCUGCCCACAUCCGCGUCCGCUUCAAACGUGGCGGCAACUGGUCCUACCUGGAAACGAUGAAUUUGUACUCAUCUGAUCACUGGGAUGAACGAGAUGCCCAGAUUGAAGCAGAAAACUUAGAGCGAGUGUCAAUGAAUCUUGACAUCGUGGAACCCACCAGAGAGGCCAAAGACGACAUCAAACACCCACAUCACGCCGACGCAUUGAGACGAUACCCAGAGUGGACCGACGAAAUCAUCCGAAAUAGUCUUGUCUGCAAAGUCACAGGGUUCAACAUCAAGCUUUUCGGUGUGGCUGCUGAUCUAGGUUCCAUCACGAUCUACGCCAUCGACCUAGGCGACCUCGAGGAUAACUACACAGUCAAUUGGAAUACUGAGUUGUUAAACUAG